CGAGCCUCGUUUUUCUUGACUUUUCCGUCCAUUUCACUUCGUCGUCACUACCACCAUCCUUUUUAACCGGGACAACAUGGCUACUGCAGCUAACCGUUACUACAGCGAAGACGGCAGGGCAACGAAAAGACAGAAAACCGACGGAAUGGCCACGGGAUACGAAGAUCCGCACAAGACCCUUCCAUCCGUGGUGGUCCACGUCCGGGGGCUGGUGGAUGGUGUUACAGAAGCUGACCUUGUGGAAGCUUUGCAAGAAUUUGGAGCAAUCAGCUAUGUGGUGGUGAUGCCCAAUAAGCGUCAGGCGCUGGUGGAGUACGAGGACAUGAACGGAUCAUCCACAGCUGUGACUUAUGCUGCAGACAACCAGGUAUACAUCGCCGGCCACCCAGCGUUCAUCAACUACUCCACCAGCCAGAAGAUAUCCAGGCCCGGAGACUCCGAUGACUCGAGAACUGUUAACAAUGUUCUUCUGUUCACUAUCAUGAACCCUAUCUACCCUAUUACAACGGACGUCCUCUACACUAUCUGCAACAACUGUGGGCCGGUCCAGAGGAUUGUUAUCUUCAGGAAAAACGGUGUCCAGGCAAUGGUGGAGUUUGACUCCGUUCAAAGUGCUCAGAGGGCCAAGGCUUCACUCAAUGGAGCAGAUAUCUACUCUGGCUGCUGCACCCUGAAGAUCGAGUAUGCAAAGCCCACUCGUUUGAAUGUGUUCAAGAAUGACCAGGACACUUGGGACUACACAAACCCAAAUCUGGGAGGCCCAGAUGGUGAUGCAGAUGGCAAUGGGAGCAAUGCAGACGAUGUGAAUGCCAACCCCAACAAGCGCCAGAGACAGCCUGCUCUGCUGGGCGACCACCCUCCAGAGUACGGAGGUGGUUACCAUGGUUACGAUGAGAGCUACGGAUCCCCGCCCUACGAAGGUCGCCGUAUGGGUCCACCAAUGAGAGGGCGUGGAGGGAGAAGCUACGGUCCAGGCUACGGACCUCCUCCCCCUCCUCCCGGCGAGUACGGCGCACAUGCCGAUUCGCCGGUUGUCAUGGUGUAUGGGUUGGACCCUGUCAAGAUGAAUGCUGACCGCGUCUUCAACAUCUUCUGCCUCUAUGGGAACGUAGAGCGGGUGAAGUUCAUGAAGAGUAAGCCCGGAGCAGCCAUGGUGGAGAUGGGAGACUGCUACGCUGUAGACCGUGCAAUCACUCACCUCAACAACAACUUCCUCUUUGGACAGAAACUGAAUGUGUGUGUAUCCAAGCAGCAGGCCAUCGUUCCUGGUCAAUGCUACGAGCUGGAAGAUGGCACAAGCAGCUUCAAGGAAUUCCAUGGCUCCAGGAACAACCGGUUCACCUCCCCAGAACAAGCAGCUAAAAACCGCAUCCAGCAUCCGAGCAACGUGCUGCACUUCUUCAACGCUCAGCCAGAAGCCACGCCGGAGAUCUUCUCUCAGAUUUGUGACGAGAUCGGUGUCAAGGCCCCUGUUAAUGUCAAAAUGUUCACAGGAAAAAGCGGAGCAGCUCCCAGUGAUCGUAGUGCUUCAGGUCUGUUAGAGUGGGAGUCGAUCAACGAUGCUAUGGAAGCUCUGGCCAUGAUAAACCACUACCAAAUGAAAAAUCCAACCGGUCCCUACCCGUACACCCUCAAACUGUGCUUCUCCACUGUUCAGCACGCCAACUGAGCGCUCUUUUGUAUCAAGGAAGCUGAAGAUUGGUCCUGCAUUCCCAUGUUCACGUGUACUUAGACCAUGACUGCUUGCGACACACCGCGGGGGAGAAACAGAUUUUCAACAGUCAUGUAUUGUAACCUCUCACAAUGCAGUUGUGAUUCUGUGUAUUUGAUAUAUUAAGCUUAACUACUGCUAACAAGCAUUUAAACUUUUGAUAUUUAUCCCCCAGAUGUGUGGCAUCAGCACGUUUUCACCCCAGUCCCUCAAUUACUGCCGUGUUUGUUAGAAGCCUCAAGUGAGAUGUCACUGGGCGCUUUUCUUCUGACAUCACAGCUGUAUUUGUAACCCUGA